GUAUAAGGUGUCCUUGGAUAGCCUUUGAAGUGUAGUUUCAUAAUUGAGUGGCCUUUGUUCGAGUAGAGAGAGUAAUCAUCCAAAAAUCGAUCUGGAACGAGCAGUGGUCUGUGAACUCGAGCUGUGGGAGUGCUGAGACUGUUUGGUCGAUAUCUCGAGUUUUACGAAUCCAAUUAAGGCGUGUGAGAUACCCACAGAAAGCUCUCAAGACGAGGAAUCCGUGAAGGUCUGGUUUGCAGGAAUCGGAGUUGUGGAAGGCUUCCAAAUCGUCCGAGCAAAGCACAACCUCGCAGGAGAGGAUUUGAUCUUCUAAAAGAAACGAGUUGACCGGGAAACACCCGUUCUAGGGGCUGUUUUCGUAUCAACGAUUAAGGGUUGAACUAGCACUUUGAGGAGGCUGUUUAACACUCAUAUUUGAGCAAGGAAUCAGUUCCAAAUCCACCUUGACCAAAGCUUUGACCAUUGGACCAAGAAGGGAAAGUUUAAAGCUCAAUUGAGGUUGAGGCUAGAGCUUGCAUCCUGUGCUCGUUGAUCGAGUGAUUCCUCGGAGAGAAGACUUGAAAUGGACCGUGGUGGCAGGAUUACUAGGAGAAACCCGACUGGCCGUGUACCAGUGGAGACUGGACAGGGCAGUCGAAGGACCUCUAGGGCAUCUAGAGGAGCUGGCCGUGGAGGCCGAUCACAGACCGUGAGUGACGGUCAUGUCGACACGGAAAGUGAAACCUACUGGUCCUAUGAGGACUCGACCUAUCGACCGGAAACUGAACCGGUUGAGACCCCUUAUGAAGGGGAUGAUGAUGAUGUAAGUGAUGAGGAGGAAAAUGGCUCCUUAGCACGGAUUGAAGCACUACUUCAACAGUACCACCGUGAGCGUGAGGAGAGGAGGGAACGCCGAAGGCGCCGGGCUGGGCAACCUUCGGGCGGGGCUUCAAGAGGGAGAAGCCAUGGCGACUCUAGGGCCCACACUGAACCACAUGGGGGUCGGGGUGAUGGAGGUCCAAUCAUAAGGAUCUCCAAAUACAUCAAAGAGGCACGAGACUUGGGGUGCAAACCGUUCGAUGGGACGGGUGACAUCUCCGUUUCGGCACAAUGGAUUAAGCGGCUGAAUGAGGCAGCCCUGGACAUGCAACUCACCCCCGAAUAUAAACUAAGGGUUGCGGUGAGAUUGCUUGAAGGUAUGGCAUCCAAGUGGUGGGAUGGGACCAAAGGCAAAUAUGGCGAGACUGUCACUUGGGAGGAUUUCCGACAGGAAUUCUUUGCCCAAUAUUACUCGGACUUUGAGGUGAACAAGAAAGUGAGGGAAUACACCCUUCUAACCCAAGGGGGUAACAUGACGGUGAGGGAACUUGAGUACAAGUUCAGGGAUCUUGCCGAUUACAUACCUGAGUAUGCUUGCGACGAGAACCGGAUGGUGAACCACUUCUGGGAUGCUCUAGACUUGGAGAUACGUGACAGGGCAACACAAUUGCCUAACAUGACGUUUGCCCAAGUGGUUGACCAAGGGUUGAAAGGAGAGAAGCAAUGGGAAGAAAGGAAGAAGAGAGACGCCGAGGAGGCGAAAAAGAGAAAGUGGGAGAGUCAUGGCUCCCAAGGUUCCAACAAAAAGGGGAACCACGGGGGAGGAUCUUUCCGGGCACCACCGCCACCAUAUAGGGGGAACCAAGGCCCGAGUGGGCAAGGCGCGAGGUCACAAACCUCAGUGGUAGCUCGUUGCAACAAUUGCAAGAAGAACCACUCCGGUAAAUGUCGCGACCCCCCUAGAUGUUUUCAAUGCGGGGAUGCCGGGCAUUUGAAGGCACAUUGUCCACAAUUGAGUGGGGCAAGGACAUCGGGACCAAGUAGUGGCCCGACGGGUACGCGGAAUCAACCCGGGGCUUCUCAAGCAAGCCGGGGACAUGGGGGAGCAAGUGCGAGCAACGCGCCAUCCGUGAACCAAGGGAGGACCCAGGCUAGGGUCUAUGCGAUGACGGAGGCGGAUGCUCAAGCUAACCCGGACUCCGUUGCAGGUAUUGCCUCUCAUAUACUAGUGUUUUAUCCUUAAUUAGUCCAUAAAUUGAGGAUACUAAUCGCUAGGAUCAUUGCACGAGGUUUUGGGGUCGAACCGGGGGAUUUCGGGCAACUUCAGGCGGCUGGGACCCAGGCACGAUCGUGCCUAAGGCAGACACGAUCGUGCCUCCAAGUCAGUAGCUGCCCAGGAAUAAUCCCAGCCCAGGCACGAUCGUGCCUAAGGCAGACACGAUCGUGCCUACAAGGCAGUAGCUGCCCAGGGUUUUUCUCCAAACCAGGCACGAUCGUGCCUAAGGCAGACACGAUCGUGCCUCCAAGUCAGUGGUUCCCAGGAUUUUUCCAACCCAGGCACGAUCGUGCCUAAGGCAGACACGAUCGUGCCUCCAAGGCAGUAGCCCCAGGGCGUUUUUCCUGAGCCAGGCACGAUCGUGCCUACCCCGGGCACGCCGUGCCUGGCACCCAGAUUGCCGAAACCCGGUUUUUUCGCAUCGUUUUGCGACGUUAAGGCCUCUUCUUGAUCCCUAACGUGCGUGUGAACAUUGCAACCUUCUAUAAAUGAGUAGGGAGGGUAGGAAAGAUGUCUUACAUGGUUCAUGAAUGUAGGGACACUAAAGAUUAACGGGAAGGAUGCACGAAUCCUUAUCGAUACCGGAGCGCAACGUUCAUUCGUGAGUGAGGCGUUUGCCGAGAGCUUAGAGAUGCAAUCAAUACCAAUGACACAAACCUUAGUGGUAUCAACCCCACUAGGGGAAGACGUUGAAAGAAACAAUUACUAUCCAUCUUGUAUGGUGGAAAUCGGUGGCCAAACCUUGACGUGUGAUUUCGUACCGCUGAGUAUGAUGGAGUUCGAUGCAAUCCUAGGGAUGGAUUGGCUAGAAAAGCAUCAUGCUAGGGUAGAUUGCUACACAAAGGUGUUGGAACUCGAAGGCACACAGGGGGACACCCUGCGCUUCGAGGGGGACCGCGGCAAAUCAAAUAGUUGUAUCAUAUCCGCCGUGAGAGCGAGAAAUAUGAUGAGGAAGGGAUGCCACGCAUAUCUAGCAUUCGUGGUUGACAAAACCAAAGAGGAAACGAACAUCGAUGAUGUGAGGGUGGUUUGUAAGUAUCCGGAUGUCUUCCCUAAAGACCUACCGGGGCUUCCACCUGACAGAGAGAUUGAAUUUGUGAUCGAGGUCGAGCCUGGUACCAAACCAAUCUCCAUACCGCCAUACCGGAUGGCACCCGCUGAACUUAACGAGUUGAAAACCCAAUUGCAAGAGCUUUUGGAUAACGGUUUCAUUAGACCAAGCCACUCCCCGUGGGGAGCACCGGUUCUUUUUGUGAAAAAGAAAGAUGGGACACUUCGAAUGUGCAUUGACUAUCGUCAACUGAACAAGGUCACAAUCAAGAAUAGGUAUCCGUUGCCUAGGAUUGAUGACUUGUUUGAUCAACUACGAGGAGCAACCGUGUUUUCAAAGAUUGACUUAAGGUCGGGGUACCAUCAAUUGAAGAUUAAGGAAGAUGACAUACCAAAGAGUGCUUUCCGCACAAGGUAUGGGCAUUUUGAGUUCCUUGUUAUGUCGUUUGGAUUAACAAACGCCCCGGCGGCAUUCAUGGACUUGAUGAACCGAGUAUUUCAUAAAUACUUGGAUCGAUUCGUGAUUGUGUUCAUAGAUGACAUCUUGAUUUACUCAAAGAGUGAAGAAGAGCAUGAGGAGCACUUGAUACUUGUUCUUGAAACGCUACGGGAGAAGCAACUCUAUGCCAAAUUUUCUAAAUGUGAAUUUUGGCUAAAGGAGAUUGGCUUCCUCGGGCACGUGGUUUCGGGAUCGGGGAUUGCUGUUGAUAACAAGAAGAUAGAAGCCAUUACUGAAUGGGAGAGGCCAAAGAACGUCAAGGAAAUUCGUAGUUUCCUUGGAUUGGCAGGCUACUAUAGAAAGUUCGUGGAGAAGUUCUCUGUUUUGGCAUCGCCAUUGACGAAGCUCACUCGUAAAGGAGCUAAGUUUGUAUGGGAUGACAAAUGUGAGAAAGGGUUCAUGGAACUAAAGAAGAGAUUGACCGAGGCACCGGUACUUGCAUUACCCAAACAGGGUGUGAGGUACGAUGUCUAUAGCGAUGCGAGCAUCCAAGGGCUCGGAUGUGUACUGAUGCAGAAUGGGAGGGUAAUCGCCUAUGCUUCACGACAAUUGAAGAAGCAUGAGGUGAAUUAUCCUACUCAUGAUUUGGAGCUCGGGGCAGUGGUAUUUGCACUGAAGAUAUGGAGACAUUAUCUCUACGGGGAGACAUGUCACAUAUACACCGAUCACAAGAGCUUGAAGUACGUGUUUACUCAGAAAGAGCUAAACAUGAGACAGAGACGGUGGAUGGAGCUGAUAAAAGACUACCAUCUAGUGAUAGAGUAUCACCCAGGCAAGGCAAACGUGGUGGCAGAUGCUUUGAGCCGGAAGAGCUCGUCUGGGGCAUUGAUAACUAAUUUGAGGGCAUUAAGAGCCCAACUGGAGGUAACCAGCGAUGGUGCCUUAUUGGCACGAUUUGAGGUAAGACCCACUUUACUUGAUGAGAUCAAGAAGGGUCAGGAAGCCGACGAAGAACUUAUGAAGGUCCGGGAACGCAUGCAAGCGGGGCCGGUGGAGGAUUUCAGGGAAAGAGAUGAUGGUCUCUUGUUAUUUCGUGACCGAGUGUGUGUACCGUCAGAUGAUGAGCUCCGAAAGUCCAUCUUAGAGGAGGCUCAUUCAUCGGCUUAUGCCAUGCACCCGGGGGGCACGAAAAUGUACCGUGAUUUGAAGGAAAGUUACUGGUGGUCUGGAAUGAAGAGGGAAAUAGCCGAGUACAUCAGUCGGUGCCUUACUUGUCAACAAGUUAAGGCAGAACAUCAGCACCCAGCAGGCUUAUUGCAACCACUCUCCAUCCCUGAAUGGAAGUGGGAGCACGUGACUAUGGAUUUCGUGGUAGGCUUACCACGGACUAUCAGGAACUAUGACGCGGUUUGGGUCGUUGUGGAUAGGCUCACAAAGAGUGCACACUUCUUGCCUAUCAACACUACCUAUCCACUUGAGAGGUUAGCCAAAUUGUAUACGGAUGAGAUCGUGAGGCUGCAUGGGGUCCCGGUGACCAUUGUAUCUGAUAGAGACCCACGAUUCACAUCACGUUUUUGGCCGAAAUUCCAGGAGUCUAUGGGAACGAAGUUGAAGUUCAGCACUGCUUUCCAUCCACAGACGGAUGGGCAGUCUGAAAGGGUUAUACAGAUCCUAGAAGACAUGCUGAGGGCUUGUGCAUUGGAGUUCCAGGGGAGUUGGGACACCCACUUAGCACUUGUGGAGUUUGCCUAUAACAACAGUUAUCAGGCAAGCAUCGGCAUGCCUCCAUACGAGGCAUUGUAUGGGAGGAGGUGCCGUACACCGUUAUGCUGGGACGAGGUUGGCAUGGCCAAACUCGAGGGUACUGAGUUGGUGGAGGUCACCAAAUCAAAGGUGAAGUUAAUUCGAGAGAGACUCAAGGCGGCUCAGGAUAGACAAAAGAGUUAUGCAGAUAAGCGUCGAAGAACCUUAGAGUUUAAGGUUGAUGACGAGGUAUUCU